AUGGACUUCGACGACGACGAGUCGCUCUUCGGAUCUUCUCCUCCAACUUCAGCGGCGUUGGGGUCUUACUUCGCUGUCAGAGAUCCGAUCCCUCUCUGCUUGCCCAGAAUGGGCGCAACUCAACUACCGAAUGCCAACGGUGCUCCUGCGCAGGCGCAGAGCGCAACCUCGAGUUCACAAGUCCCUCACAUGCCUCAUCAAGUACUUGGCAUCGAGAACAACUCCCUGGACGUUCCUUCCAGACCACAGACACCCGCACAGAGACGGCUUUCACGAAAAACCUCAAAGCCCUCUUCCUCUCGAAGAAGCUCUUCAUCUCAGAAAGCUCCCAUCUCCGCGAUUAACCCCGGCGUUCCCGUUCGACUGAUUCCGACAUUGCCAGGCUCCUCAGCUCCCACAGCAGAGACUCCUCUGUUAGCUCCGCCAAUUGCACCGGGUCACAGUACCUUGCCCCCUUUGCCGGCAUCGCUCCUUCUGUCACCUUCACCGCCCGUUCUGAACGGGAAUGGCGCACCCUUGGCCUUAGGUGUUGGUGAAGCAUCUUCAAGCCAGAAGUUGUGUACCAAGUGCCACAAGUCUAAGCCACAAUCGGAAUUCUCUUCCAUGACCAAUAUGGGUCUGAUAAGGGAGCGAAGCCAAUGCGAGCCGUGUCGCAGGAAGAGAAGGGAGUCAUCGGCUCGAUACAAGCUUCGCAAAGAAAAGGCUGAGACUCAGGCUGAGGACAACCAAGAGCAGCUUCAGCAGCAGCAACUUCCACAAGGUGGCAUGGCGCAGUGUCCUUAUCAUGGCUUAAGCGAGCACCAGCCGACUCGCUCUUCUCAUCCAUUGACAGGAGUGGUCGGUCUUGAGCAGGCAACUGAAUCCAGCCCUAUGCAUGGCGUCGCCACGGCGAACACAAUGCUUGGCUUCAAUUCUACUACAGAGCUCAUGAGAAAGGCAAGUCCCAUAAUUGACAAGUUUUUCCCCAAGGGCGUCGACAUUGAAGCUGAUAUGGCAUUCUGUGGAUUUCAGUCGUCGAAGCAAAUGGCGUCGCCGAGCUUAGUUCUCCCGCAAGAGACUGGCAUGGAGGCUGGACUUCCCCCAACUCAAGAUCACACAAGCGAACUCUACGACAUUGUGAGCGUCAAGACGCUUAAGACUCCCUUGACCAAGAAUGCCGAGGCCUGGCUUCUCAACCACGAGAAGCAAAAGUUCAAAGAAGGCCGCGAAAAGUGUGAGUGGAUGAAGACGCAGGAGAAGAAGACUUUGGUGGCGUGCUGGGAGAAGAGACAGGCCUCGAUUGUUCUUGGACUUGUAGAAGUGCCUGGCUCUGAUCUUCAGCCCAUGAUUGGCUAUUCCUACGCCGAGGGUUCGCACCAGAAUCUGCCUGGUGCUUACCCAGAUGACUAUGAUUGGCAUUGA